AUGCCCAGCAAGCGUAAACAUCAGGCUCAUCAUGGCGGCAUGAUUGAUGGCUUAGGUGGUAGGUGUCGCUUCCCGUGGAUGGUCAAAAUUGGAACCAAGCCGGCGACGGGAGCGGGCGCAUCACUGGGGCCUUCAGUGGGGCCUUUGGGUACUAUGAAGCCUGCUCGACGGGACGAAGACGGAAGAGCCUGGGUGCUGGCCACCUCAGGCAGGACAAGCUGGCGGGGAACGGGAUUGACGGGAAUUGCGGGAGCCCCAAGGGGGAAGAACCCACCCCAAAAGGAUGACUGGGGCGGGGCGAGGGGAGGGCCGACGGCGGCAGUGAUGGACGAGCGUAGUGAGGUUCGACCAGAAUUCAACGGUGGUACUUCCGUAGGGCAGCAGGACAAGGGGCAACCUAGGCCCAGCGGAAACGCGCGGGAGCAAAGCACGAAGCGGGCGGGGUCAACGUCAACAUUCUCCAAUUCAUGA